AGGUAGUAAAACAUUUGGUCAGCAGAAGAUUCGGGUGGGCCGGAUACCUCGAACACAGAACAAACAGCGUUUAAAACGAUGGUGAAGCUCUCUGUUUGGAGCCCAGCGCAGGAAAUUCGGGAAGAAGUCCUGGUAUAAGAGACCUUUCAACGGACGACGCCAGCCCAGCCCCAAGUACCCAAGAACUCAGGACAGAAUGCAUUCGCCCAAACUUGUGCGCGAGAAACAGCGUGAGGCUACCACAGAAGAGCACCUUGCAAUACCAAGAUGAAUAUGCUAUCAAGAGCCAGGAAGAAGGAUAAGAACUCGGCCAAACUCAGUCACUCUCUCAACGAGGGCAUCACUGGCAAGUAUGUCAAGAAAGAAGACUCUCCCCUCCUUAGAAAUUACAUGUCCCCCGUGGUACGCUAUGGCCCCACCUUCCCUCGGAGAUCAGAGUCCCUCAGUCAGAUCCACAGUCAGCAGGGUUCCGCCUCGGAGGAGGGGAGAAGUCCGGACACCAGGGCGGCCUCCCUGCCCAGGUUCCACCAGAGAAGCUACAGUAACCAGUCCAGUGUCAGCGACUAUUCAACCCAUGGACACAGCUUCUCACAGGUGACACCUGAGUACAACCCCGGAGCGAGGACAGGGUCCCUGCUACUGGACUAUCACACUGUGUCUGAGAACGUUAAUGGAGAGGUAGCAGCUGCUGCAGGGGCCAUGCCUACUGUCCAGGAAAAUUAUGAAGGCCAGGGCUAUAGUGAUGAGUACUACAACCCCAUGUACCAGCACUCCUCGGUGGCCAGUUUACCAGUACACAGCAGCGGGCUGACUUCAUACCAGGGUAGAUCACCAGCUGGGUCUGCGUCGCCAAUAGGAUCUGUAGGCAAUGUCUCAUCCACAGAUGAGCUUCCUCUCCCAACUGGAUGGACAGCAGAUUACACGUUACGAGGCAGAAAAUACUACAUAGAUCACAACACCCAGACUACACACUGGAGCCACCCUUUGGAAAAGGAGGGCCUCCCUGCCGGCUGGGAAAAAGUAGAGUCUGCAGAAUAUGGUGUCUACUAUGUGGACCACAACACAAAGCGUGCCCAGUACAGACACCCUUGUGCUCCCAGGUUCCCUAAGUACGACCCUCCCCCUCCCCUCCCACCCUCCGCCUACCUAGCCAUGCAGACAUCUCAGGCAAUAGCUGGAGAGAUGGAGGCGGCUGGCAUGCAGGUCCCCCCAAGUCCGUACAUGAACUCAGAAAUUCCAGAAUGGUUGCAGGUGUACACAAAAGCUCCUCAUGAGUAUGAUCACAAACUAAAGUGGGACCUGUUCAAGCUGCCUGAGCUGGACUGUUACCAGGAGAUGCUGAUGAGGCUGUACAGGAAGGAGCUGGAGGUGGUGGUCAUGAGCUAUGAGGGGUACAGACAGGCCCUGCAGCAGGAGACAGAGAGGAGGCAGAGGGAGAUGGAGAAGGACCGCAACAAGGCACAGGCACUCGCACAGAACAUAGAGACUAAAGUCUGAUGCAACAAGGCACAGGCACUCGCACAGAACAUAGAGACUAAAGUCUGAUGCAACAAGACACAGGCACUCGCACAGAACAUAGAGACUAAAGUCUGAUGCAACAAGACACAGGCACUCGCAAAGAACAUAGAGACUAAAGUCUGAUGCAACAAGACACAGGCACUCGCACAGCUGGAAGUAGGAUUCUUUACAGUUUGAUGUUCAAUACCUUCAAAGGAAAAAAAAGGCUGAGGCCUGCAGAUCCCUGGGAAAUUCAAUCUUGGUGUAGACGAUCACAAGACGAUACACAACAUGUGAAGAUGGUCUCAUUGUAAUCAAUAGUACAACUACAAGGACCAAGUGGUGACUUCUACAACAACUGCAACUUCUUCUGGUGAAGCGAAAUUGCAAAUAUGACCUCCUCGUUCCACAUAGUAUAUGAAUUCAAGUUGAAAUGGACUUGAUUAUGUGGUGCUGAACUGAAGCAAUUAGUUAUAAAUUGGUUACCAGAGCUAUGUAAUAGCAAAGUACAGAGUGGUGUGAUGAAGUAGCCUUGGUAGGAAAGCACUUCUUGCAAGCUACUGUUAUAUCCUGGCAGCAAUGCACAUCUGGGGGUGGCAAGCACAGACAGGGAAACUUUGUUUGAUCCAGAUCAAGUAGCAUCCAGAAGAGGUAGGAAACUUUAAACAUGCUUCAGUUUUGUUCCUGAGUAUUCAAAACAGUGUUUUGGAUUCAACGAAUCAAUCAUUUUGCAGUGGCUGCAGGAAGUCAAACUCAAUGCCAUCAAAUGGCAGAAAAUUCAUUUUCGUCCCUAUACGAAACAGUUACAGUAGGACAAUGUACUGUAGAGCUCUGACAGUGCUGCUGAAGGUGCAACUUUUGUACCAUGUUAAGAUGAGUGUAGAUUCUGUAAGGGGCAUUGCAAUGUGUGGCCUAAAGGCUGAAUAACGUAGGCUGUAAGUAACAUAGGGAAAAAGCCAUGAAUUGCUUUUAACUGAUUGUUUUAGUUUACUUAGCGUUUUACCUGAAGUUAGAAGAUAUACAUCAUUGCUUCUGGUUAACCAAUUCUGAACCCUAUUGAAGUGUGAACAAUUACAGAUGUAGCUUACACAAUGUUUUUAGGUUGUAAGAUCAGAUGUCUGGGUGACCUGUCACUGGGGUUGUCCCUUUGCUGUCAUUCAACAAUUACUGUAAUACAUAAUGAUAAAUGUUAUCAUUUCUUGAUAAAUUGAGGUAGCCAAAAGCUGAGGCUUGGCAUUUUAGCCUGAAUUAAGCCAGUGCUUUUUUUUUAGCAUAGAAAGAUUGAAAUGUUGACUACAUGAUGAUCAAUCAAAUUUGCCAAUCAUUCAAUGUAAGGAAGGCAUGUGUACUAAACUCGAUUCCCAUGAAUUUAGCUCUAGGGAGUCAGGCAUUUCCUGACAAUGUACAUUCCAUCAUGGUGCUUUCACUGGAAUGUAUUUUAGCAUGUUCAUUCUAGCUUUGUGCACUCGUACCUGUGUAUGUUGUGAAUACAAUUGUACCUAUUGUGACUAUAAGAAUUCAUAAUUCAGGCACCUGUUUUGUACUGCUAGUAGACUUAAAAAGCUUGUAGUGGUAGAGAUAUUUAUGGAAUUAGAAUCUUGAGAUCGUGUAGAGGUAGUACAAUAGGAAAUUAAUGUUGCUUUCAUUAGCAACAAACACAUUGAAUCAUGCAUAUUUUAUUAGAGCUAUUUAUGGAACAUCAUAGGAGGUAAAUUAUUCAUAUUUAUGUCAAUAGCCCACCGUUAUAAUGUAUGUAAUUGUGAAUAAUACUGUUUAUAGUUGCUGUGAAUUCUUAUUGUGAAUUAACAUGUAUUCUAAUUCCAACUUCUUUGAAGCUGAAUCUUGUCUCCCCACAGAACUACUUGUACUUGUGUUCCCUUUGCCUGAGUUUUUGUACUUAGUCUACAACGUACUAAAUGAAACUGCUUCAGUUUUCAUUUCAAACCAAGGAGCCAGGAGUAUCAUGCACAGUUCACCUCAGUUUAAAGGGCUUUACCAGGAAUGGAAACUGGAUGAAAUGUAAUUAUGCUGUGAAAAUUGGACGUUGCUGGCACCUACAUUUCCUGAGGUACAUGUUUUUUUGUAGAGAUGUGUACGUUGUGUGUUGUUUAAAGUUGGUUAAUUUACCUCUGUCUCCUUAGACACGUCAAACUGAAAUGUGGAAUAAACAAUACCACCAUCGUUUUU